CGGGGCCUGAAUGGAACCGGCCGUGGCGCGUGCAGGCGGCGGAAGCGGCGGCGAUGUCGCGGCGGCGGCGCGAGUGGGGCGAUGGCGGCCGCACUGACGGCGACAGGGCCUGGGAGGAGUUCAGUUCCCGGGCGGAGAGCAGCGCCAGGGCAGACAGCAGAGCCCAGGCGGAGCGCGGGGCCCGGGAGGAGAGCGGGCCCCGGGAGGAGCGGCGGGGCUGGCUGCGCUGGUGUCCCCAGCUGCGCACCGUCGUCCUGGUCCCGCUCCUCAUCUACAUCUCUGUGCCCAUCCUCAUCCGCCUCUUCCCUGUCCUGCUCACCAAAUUUGUCUACCUGAACUUCUUGGCCUUUCCUUUCUUUGUUGACUUUCGUCAGCCGGAGCUGCUGCUGAACAACACCAUCAACCUGUACCUCACAACCGAGCCGGGUGUGAUGGUUGGCAUCUGGCACACCGUGCCAGACAGCAGAGGUGCUGAGGCACGGGGCAAGGACCAGAAGUGGUACGAGGAAGCACUUGGCGACGAUCACCCCGUGAUCAUCUACCUGCACGGCAAUGGGGGGACCAGGCGAGUACGGCAUCGCAUCCAGUUCUUGAAGACAAUGGGUGCUGCUGGCUUCCACAUCCUGGCUCUUGACUACAGAGGCUAUGGGGACUCCAGCGGGCUCCCUACAGAGAACGGCUUCACCACAGAUGUCCUGGCACUCUAUGACUGGGCCAAAGCACGGAGUGGGAACAGCAUCAUCCUCUUCUGGGGACACUCCCUGGGGACAGGGAUUGCCACAAAUGCAGCAAGGAAACUGCAGGAGGAGCGAGGAGUCCAGGUUGAUGCCGUUGUCCUGGAAUCGCCCUACACCAACAUCCGUGAGGCAGCUGCACACAUCCCUCUCACCAAGAUCUACCGCCAGUUCCCGGGCUUUGAGUACCUCAUCCUGGACUCGCUUGCUCUGGCUGACAUGUUCUUCCGCAGUGAUGAGAACGUGCAGGUGCUGUCCUGCCCGCUCCUCAUCCUGCAUGCAGAAGAUGAUUCCAUCCUGCCUCCUCUCCUGGGACGCAAGCUCUUUGAGACGGCACACAGUGCCUACAAGGACAAAACCAAGGUGAAGUUCAUUACCUUUCCCAAAAAGCUGGGCCUGGGCCAUGACUACAUCUCCUUCAACCCAGAGAUGCCUGCCUUGGUGAAAGACUUCUUGAACAUUAAGUGAUGCCAGCCGCUGCAUGCAGCAACCACAAGCACUUACUCAAAUCCACACCAGGAACCUGCUAUGGCACUGAAAUUACUGUUGUAAGUAAUAAAAACUACUGAAAAAUGUU